AUGUCUGCGAUCAAGAACUCCAAGUUCAGCCAUUUACCGCGAAUAAUGUCUGGGCCUCUGAAAUGUUCACUCGAAGGCCCAGCUCUUCUCCACUCGUCCCGCUUCAAUAAAGGCUCGGCCUUUCCGGAGAACGAGCGAGCGAAUUUCAAGCUCCAUGGGCUACUCCCGCCUAACAUUCAAACUCUUGAUGAGCAGGUGGCGAGAGCCUACCAACAGUACAGCAGCAGGGAGAAUGACUUGGCCAAGAACACCUUUAUGGCCAGUAUGAAGGCGCAGAGUGAGGUGCUGUACUACAAGUUAUUACAAACUCAUCUAAAGGAGAUGUUCCCGAUCAUUUAUACUCCCACCGAGGGCGAUGCUAUCCAGAAUUACUCCCGGCUGUUCCGAAAGCCCGAGGGAUGCUUCCUGAACAUCAGGGAUCAGGAUUCCAUUGAUGAAUGUCUUUCUAAUUUUGGAAGUGCAGAAGAUGUGGAUUAUAUUGUUGUUAGCGAUGGAGAAGAGAUCCUGGGCAUCGGAGAUCAAGGUGUCGGUGCUAUCCUCAUCUCAGUGGCCAAGUUGGUCAUCACUACACUCUGUGCCGGCAUUCAUCCGGCACGCCAGUUGCCGGUGGUGCUCGAUUGUGGAACAGAUAAUGAGGAGCUUCUCAAUGAUGACCUUUAUUUAGGACUGCGACAGCCACGUGUGCGUGGUGAGAAAUAUGAUGAGUUUGUGGACAACUUUGUCAAGGCUGCACGGAGACGAUUCCCAACGGCCUACAUCCACUUUGAGGACUUUGGUCUUCCAAACGCAAGACGGAUUUUGGACAAGUAUCAAUCGCAAAUACCUUGCUUCAAUGACGAUAUCCAAGGUACUGGCUGUGUUACCCUAGCGGCUAUGAUGGCAGCUUUGCACGUGAGCGAUGUCAAGUUGAACGAGGUUCGCGUUGUAGUAUUUGGCUCGGGGACAGCAGGCACUGGCAUUGCAGACCAGAUUGCGGAUACCAUCGCGACAGAGACAGAUAAAUCCAAGGAAGAGGCAUCAAAGCAGAUAUGGUGUAUCGACAAGCCAGGCCUUCUUGUCAAGUCGCUCGGAGAGACUUUGACUCCAGGCCAAGUCCCCUUCGCAAGAGAUGAUAAUGAAUGGCCAGAGGGGCAGCAGGUGGAUCUGCUCUCGGUAGUGAAGCAUGUCAAGCCCCAUGUUCUUAUCGGAACAUCUACAAAGCCCAAGGCAUUCACGGAAGAUAUCAUCCGGGAGAUGGCCAAGCAUGUCGAACGCCCGAUUGUGUUCCCCCUGAGCAACCCGACACGCCUUCACGAAGCUCAACCGAAGGAUCUCUAUGAAUGGACAGACGGCCAGGCUCUCGUCGCUACUGGCAGUCCAUUCGACCCCGUGGAGUAUGGAGGCACCAAAUACGUGAUCGCUGAAUGCAACAAUUCGACUUGUUUCCCCGGUAUUGGCCUUGGGGCAGUUCUCUCACGCACUCGUCUUGUCUCAAAAAAGAUGCUCGUUGCAGCCGUCGAGGCGCUCAAAGCUCGAUCACCGGCUCUUGAAGAUCCUAAGGGGGCCCUCUUACCGGAUGUUGAGGAUGUGCGGGAGAUCAGCGUGGAUAUCGCCGCUGGAGUGAUAAAGUGUUCUGUCGAGGAAGGACUUGCGCAGGUGGAGGGGAUUCCUGGAGAUGAUGAUAAACUCAGGGAAUGGAUUCAAGCUCAGAUGUGGGAAGCUGAGUAUCGCCCUUUGGAGAAGGCAGAGUAG